AUGACUAAUAAAUUUAAGGAUAAACUGGGUGAAGGCGGCUAUGGCUCUGUAUUUAAAGGAAAGUUACGCAGCGGCCGUUUUGUAGCAAUUAAAGUUCUGGGCAAGCCCAAAGGUAAUGGGCAAGACUUCACAAGUGAGGUAGCUACCAUUGGAAGGAUUCAUCAUGUUAAUGUGGUGCAACUUAUUGGUUAUUGUGUUGAGGGAUCAAAUCGUGCUCUAGUAUAUGACUUCAUGCCAAAUAGCUCUCUCGAUAAAUAUAUUUAUUCCAAAGAAAAAAGCAUGCCCUUAAGUUGCAAGUACGAGAUUUCUCUCGGAGUGGCUCGAGGGAUUGAAUAUCUGCAUCAAGGUUGUGAAAUGCAAAUUCUACAUUUUGAUAUCAAGCCUCAUAAUAUUCUUCUUGAUGAGAACUUUAAUGCAAAGAUUUCUGACUUCGGGCUUGCAAAAUUAUAUUCCGUAGAUGAUAGCAUUGUCUCUUUGACAGCAGCAAGGGGAACAAUGGGCUAUAUUGCUCCUGAGUUGUUCUACAAAAAUAUUGGAGGUGUUUCCUACAAAGCUGAUGUCUAUAGUUUUGGAAUGUUGCUCAUGGAAAUGGCAAGUAGAAGGAAGAAUUUCAAUUCAAUGGUAGAGCGUUCAAGCCAAACUUACUUCCCGUUGUGGGCGUACGAUCAAUAUAACAAAGGAAAUGACUUGGAGAUGGGAGAUUUUAAUGAGGAGGAAAAGAAAAUCAUAAAAAAGAUGGUUAUAACUGCAUUGUGGUGUAUUCAAAUGAAGCCAAGUGAUCGGCCUUCCAUGAACAAAGUCAUAGAAAUGCUCGGAGGAGAUGUUGAAUCCCUAAAGAUACCUAUCAGACCUUUUCUGUAUCCACAGGAGAUGCAUGCAAUUGAUGUUCAAGAAAAUUUGAAGUCAAUAGGUUCCAACGGGGAGUUAACAUGGACUUUGUCAGCUAGGACCUUUCCUAGAGGGGCAAUAAUAUACUAA